AUGACCACCGCGAAGGAAGGCAAUGCACCGUCGAAAGCGGCUCAACAGCAAGACCAGGAGCUGGUGGGCAGCAACCCUCCGCAGAGGAACUGGAAGGGAAUAGCGAUCGCCCUUCUUGUCAUUCUGGUCAUCUGCUCGCUGAUCGUCACCUCCGUCAUCCUGUUGACACCAGGCGAAGACGACCGUCUGGCUCUCAAGGGCAAGGUGACGGUUGGAGACCUCUUUAGAAAAGACUUCAAGGUUCAUGACCCCAACGCCAAAUGGAUCAGCAGUAAUGAGCUACUGUACCGUAAUCGGGACGGCGACGUCGUCAAGUUCAACGUCGACACGAAUGAGCAGACCGUCCUGGUGCAUAACAAGAAAUUUGAAAUGUACAAAGCCAGCAAGUACGAGGUGUCUCCUGACAUGAAGCAUGUGCUGCUGGCCUACAACGUUGCACCGGUGUACCAGCAUUCCUACACGGCCUUCUACAUCAUCUGCAGCCUGGAAACCCCGGAGACGUGGAACCUGAACCCUCCAGAAGUACGAAAUGCUCAGCUCCAGUACGCAGGCUGGGGGCCGCAGGACCAGCAGCUGAUCUUCAUUUUUGAGAACAACAUCUACUAUCGGUCCAAGGUGGAGAGCCGCUCCAUUCGUCUGGUGUCGACCGGCAAAGAGGGCGUCAUCUUCAACGGGCUCAGCGAUUGGCUGUACGAAGAGGAGAUUUUCCAGUCCCAUGUCGCCCAUUGGUGGUCUCCAGAUGGCGCCAGGUUGGCUUAUGCCACCAUCAACGACACCCUGGUGCCCAGGAUGGAGCUGCCCAUGUUCACAGGGACGCCGUACCCGAUGGGGAAGGACUACCACUACCCGAAGGCUGGUGAGGAAAACCCAGUCAUCACUCUGUAUGUCGUGAACCUCAACGGUCCGCUACACACCAUCGAGAUGAGGAGACCUGAUGAUCCCAGAAUAGGGGAGUACUACGUGACCAUGGUGAAAUGGGCCACCACCACCAAACUGGCCAUCAACUGGCUGAACAGAGCUCAGAACAUCUCCAUACUCACGCUGUGCGAGGCCACGACGGGAGUCUGCACGAAGAAACACGAGGAUGAAAGCGAAGGGUGGCUUCACAGGCAGAACGAGAAGCCUCUGUUCUCCAAAGACGGCCUGAAGCUGUUCUUCACUCGGGCCAUUCCUCAAGGAGGCAGAGGCAAAUUCUUCCACAUCUCCAUGUCCAUUUCCCAG